GCGCGUGGGGCUGUGCUGUUGUCUUGGCUGGGAGCGAGCUUCUGGAGGCCCAGGAUCUACUACGUGGAGAGGGGCCCGGGCUGCACCCGGGGCGCUCUGCCCGGCCCUGCCGGCUAAGCGGCCAGCAAACAUGAAUGUUGGAGUUGCCCACAGUGAAGUGAAUCCAAAUACCCGUGUAAUGAACAGCCGGGGUAUGUGGCUGACAUAUGCAUUGGGAGUUGGCUUGCUCCAUAUUGUCUUACUCAGCAUUCCUUUCUUCAGUGUUCCUGUUGCUUGGACCUUAACAAAUAUUAUACAUAAUCUGGGGAUGUAUGUAUUUUUGCAUGCAGUAAAAGGAACACCUUUUGAAACUCCUGACCAAGGUAAAGCAAGGCUCCUAACUCAUUGGGAACAACUGGACUAUGGAGUACAGUUUACAUCUUCACGGAAGUUUUUCACAAUUUCUCCAAUAAUUCUUUAUAGAUGGACACAAUACCUUUAUUUAUUUUUUAAUGUGGUGCUGAGAAUUGAACCCAGUGCCCCAUGCAUGCAAGGUAAGUGCUCUAGCACUGAGCCACAACCUCAGCCCCAAGAAUUGUACUUAAUAUAUGUAAUAAUAACUAUCAUGAAAACAGUCAAAUAAUUUCUUAAAAUAUUUUUUUGACUCACAGGUAUGAUUUCAGCUAUUCUGAUUAAAUUCCUUACAUAACUAAAGAAACAACAUUGAAACCAUCUUUAUAGCAUUGAUUUUAUUUUUAUUUUAUUUUUUAUUUUUUAUUUAUUUUUUGUGUGUGGUGCAGAGGAUGUAACCCCGAAACUUACGUAUUCUAGGCAUGUGCUCUAUCACAGAGCUAUAUAUCCCUAGCCCCAGUACUUUUCAGAGUGCUUUCCAAUCUUCAUAUUUGAUUGUAAUUUGUCAGGUAGGUGUGACAUACAGUGUUAUUCCAGAUUUUUAGAUAAAGAAACAGAUUCUGUUGGGCACUGUGGUGCAUGCCUAUAAUCUCAGUGACCUUGGGAUGCUGAUACACAGGAGGAUAGCAAGUUCAAGGUUAGCCUUGGCAACUUAGCAAGACCCUGUCUCAAAAUACAAAGAAAGGGCUGGUGGUAUGACUCAAUGGUAGUGGGCCUCUGGGUUCAAGCCUCAGUAUUAGAGGGGCAGGAGAAAUAUUCAAAUGUAUGACUGUGCUAAAGAUCUUGCAGUUAUUUGGAAUCAAGAGCCCACAAUCAACCCUAAAUAUCUAUCUUCUAACUCAGGUCUCCAAUAGAUCCAUUAGUAAAUAAAUGCUUUUAGGCUUAUUUUUAAUGCAUUUAUAUUUUUUUAAGAAUCAGAUAAUUUUCAUAUAAUCUACACACACAAUUAGGUUUCAUUAAAACACCAGGUACAUAGGCUAAUAGUAUGAUAAGAUACACUAAAUUUAUUUCAGCCUAUCAGGUUAUAGAUUAAACCUAUAAUGAUGACAGCAAAUCAAAUGUGCUUACUAAAUGCAACUGAUAACCCUGUUUUAUUCUGUGAAGGAAGUAUAAAAAUAGUCUUCAAAGUCUAUGAAAGUGGGAAGAAACAAUAUAAAGCAAAAAUCAAAGAAUAUGGUUUACUCAAGAAAGAAUUUUCUGGCUACUUUUGAAAUAGAUGUAGAAUUUUUCAGUCUAAACAGUUCUGGUGAUGAUGUAUACAGUUGUCUGAUGUUUUCAGACAUAUUUGGAUAUAGCUGUUCUUUUGACCAUGUUAUAUAUGUCUCUUCCCUGAGGAGAAACGAAUGACAAUAGAGGAGAGGCUAUUAGAAUACUUUCCUAUGUUCUCUGAAAGUAAUUAGACUGACAACUAUAUGGAAACUAAAUUCUUAGUUUUGAUCAAGUAAGGCAUUAUGUUGAUUCACAUUCUAUCAAUGUGAGAGUGCUCUUUGUAGCCAGAGGAUAUAUUUGCACUCUUUAUAUCCUUGGGUAAAACUAGAUGUUCUGGGCUCAUUUUAUGGUCUUAAAGGUGGUUUACACUUAUUAAAACAAAUUCUCGGAUGGUUAAAUGUCUGACUGUGUGCAUGUGUUUAGUUAUAGCAAAACAGUUGUAAUUUUACAACAGUAACUUUCAGGUUUCCAGUUGGAUUGAUUAUAGACCUGUUCAACUAUAGUACAAAAAUGAGAACAUCAAAAGGACAACCAGUUAUUUAUUUCUUUCAAAGAUACUGAAUUGUACUACCAAAACCCUAAUUUUUCAAAGGUUUACAAUAGUGAUUCUUAACAUUUUGGUGAGUCACAAAACCCUUUGAGACCAUGAUGGAUGCUUUGGAUCCAGAAAUAUAUACAUAAAUACAAAACUACAUUUGAAGUCUCUGAGGGCAUAUGCAACCUAUUUUGAAAGCUUUCCACUUUAAGCUUCUGCUAAAUUGCAGUGUAUUCUAUUAAAUGUAUUUAACAUAAUUACAGAAAUGCAAAAUGUGCAUCACCACUAAACACACUUUUAAAUACCAAUCUAAAAUAAACUUGGACCUAAAUUAAAAUUUUUAUUUUAGUGAUCCAAAAUGGUUUUACUUUUAGGUAUUUGUGUUUGGUGGCCUUUUUUCUACCUUUUAAUUUUUUAAAAUUCUAAAUAAUUUCAUUUUUGGAUGUUACAUGUAUUCUUGACUUUUAUC